GCUCUUUAAGUGACUCUGCACACACACGCACGCACACGCAUAAUAAUAAUUAAAAAAGGGAAAGCAGAUACACUACUUAGAUCUCCCCCUCCCCCUCUUCAUUGCAAAAUGACACGUUCAGCAGAUGUGCAGCGCUCCAUGAACGACGUCUCUGGCAACGGACAGGCCGAGAAGACGUCGAAGCUGCGCACCUUCGAUCAGACAGCCCUGCAGGCCCGCAUGGCGAAGCUGCGAGCAGAAAUCGCACAGAAGGAGGAGGCAGAGGCGCAGCGGGAGCGCGAGGUUGUCAGCCGAUCGGUGGCGGACGCGGAUGUAGAAGUUGUAGCGGACGCCCUGCACGUCCCAACGGGUGUGGCGAAGCGUCAGCUGCAGGAGAAGAACGGCGACGUGACGGCUGUUCUGCGCGAGGCCGUCGGACUGGGGAAGGCACGUGCGUAA